AUGAGACCAAAAAAGCUUCCAUUUAUCAUAUGUAAUACUGCUGCUGAUAUAAAGUAUCGCUCAGUUAAAGAAUUAGGACUGAACAAGGCAAAUUCUGACAAAACCAAUAUUUCAAACUUAAGAUUAGGCGAUAUUCUUUGUCAUAAUUGUUACAUGAAAACAAUAGAAUGGAAUCGAUAUGAAAAGAAGAAGUCUAGAGUUAAAAUACAAUUGAAAUAUGAUGAUUUUACUUAUCAAACGAAGAUAAAUCGUGUUACAAUGUCUCAAAAGAAAUAUGAAAACCUUUCUGAAAAA